AGGCCCUAAGUGUGUCGUUGUUUCAUCGCAUCGCAUUGCAUUGUAUCUACCUCGCCCUGCCCUCCCCUGCCCUGCCAUGCGUCUUAUGUUUGCGCUUCCUUUACUUGAAUAUAAUUGUUCCAUAUUCUGUCUACAUCCGUCAUUUCGCCUUCUGUUUAAGUAGUUUCCUCCCAUGUAUCAUGUCGUCACUUCUCAUUAUUUGGCUGACGUCUUAUCCUAGAGCUACUUCCUUCAAUGAUGACUCCAAGCCAGGACGAGGGCCACGAACGACCUGAUUCCCCGCAGACAAGCUCUUCUCAAGCGCCUUUAAAGCUUCCUCAAAGCGCGACCCACCGGGCUCCGUUCUUCAGUGAUCUCGAUGAAGCCUUCAGAAAAAUUACAUUGAAGAAAUCAUCGAAUGGCAGCAAUUCGCAGCAGACGUCUAAUAAGGUCGAAUCAAGCCGGGAUAACUUACAUAAGGAAUUUGCCAGCUUGACUUCCCGAGGCAAAUCGAAUGGACCAGCCGCUUCACCACAUGAUGUCGCGGUUUCAAGUACCAACGGCUCAAUUGGAAGGUCAUUGACGGACCACCCGCGCACUCUUCCUCCAUCUUCACCUACAGCUAUGGACAUGGCCCUCGCUAAGGAAAAUAUAGAUGAGCUGACGGAAGUCUUGAAACAAAAGGCUACAGAAUCUAAGGCCACCGAGCCUCUCGAUACUUCUGCAAACACAGUGGAGAAGAUUUUUGAUGACUACGCGAGCUCUUCCCCUGCUAAUAAUGUAGACAUUCCCACUCGGGAUGGAGCUGUUACUCGAUGCGGAUUCCGUGGCGAAGAGGAGCGAGGUCGUAUUGUGAGCCAUCGUCGAUUUCAAGUCGGCUCUCCGCCCUCUGAUCUCCCUGAGAGCCCCACAAGGGACCUGCGCCUUAGCCAUCGACGAUCAAGAUCCUUAUUUGACCUUACCCAAGGUAGUUCUCUAGCCGCCACUACUACCAUAUCCGAUUCACAGCAUCUACUUAAUGUUGAUGCACAGGCCAAUGAGCUUGAGGUUCGCAAGCCAUUCUUCCCUUCACCAUUACGCCUCCCGCCGAAGAAAUUCAAUCCGGAGAACAGUGACGAGUUCUAUAGCGACUUUGGAUCGUCCCCUGACAUUAAGUAUGAAUCGAGUGAUGAUCCGUUCAAGUACGACGAGGGAAACUACAGAAUUGCCUUACGCAACACAAAGGAAAAGGAGGUUAGUCAGGCUCUAAGACGAGUAAGCAAGCUUGGUGAGGGUAGCGGCGCUACCAUUGGAACGCCAGAGGACAGUUUCUAUGAUCGCGCACAACCAGCACAAGCGCUAGAAAGGAAGCUUCCAAUCCCUCCUCAGAACAACCUCGCUGCAGGAUUGCAAAGUAAGCGGCGACGGGGGUCGAAUUUCCAACGAGCUGCGGCACCAUUGGGAUAUAAAACUAGUGUGCAUGAUAACCGUCAACCCGAUAGUCCGCCCGAUAAGUUCCCGCUCAGGGAUUCUACCGGCGGUCGAGACUGGAUAACGGAGGCAACUAGCGAGGUUGAUAUCCAUGAUGAUACCAACCCAUUUUCACCCGUAUUCAAGGUUACGGGAAGCAGCGUUGCCGAUUCUUUUAACGCUGACGACGAAGGCAAGUGGCCUGGCAAGUCCAACGGACGAGCGCGGUUUAUUCAGCAUCCUGUCGGCCAAGGCCAACCAGAGUCAUAUGAGCUCCAGACCCUAAAGGAUACUAACCAAAGGAUAAUCCUUCCCAAGAACCAGCCCAAUCGCGCUGUUGUACAUCCGGAUAACUCGACACGCUGGUUCUCCGUUAGAACAAAGGAGAUUCCUGUCGCCAACCGAGUGCGAAAUUCUCUUACACGAGGUUUAUCAAACCCAUUUGCUCGCGCUGAAAGUUACAAAAAAGCGGAUUUAGACGGGAACUUCAAAUCGAAGGUUAACGGCACCAGUAAGUCCAAAUACGAAUUUCGUGAUUCCGCUUCCGAUUAUGGAUUUGGCUCAGCAACCCCCGAAGCCCAGGGUUCUCUAGAAGGUGCCGGGCUACAAAGAAUAGAAAGUGAAGACCAUCGUGACGGGGAUAGGCAACUCGGAAAGGUGGGGCUAUACUCCCCUAGCAGCCUACAACCACCUAGCUCAUCAGAAGAUGUUGAAUUCGCACCGAGUGACCGACGCGGGAAACGAGCCGAACAAGGCAAACAAUAUGAGAAGCGACACGUCGACGAAGACUAUCCGGUUCGCAACGGUUAUUGGUGGCGUGCUGAGAAAGAAGCAGAACUCGCAAGUAGAACUAUGUCGUCAAUGGAUGGGCCUUCCCUUUCCGCGAAGUCUAAAUUCGACUUUGAACUUAUCCCUCUCGACCAGGCACAGCGUCAGAAAAAGCAGCAGCGAGAGAGCGGCGAAAUUGACGAAACUGAACCAGCGGGAGUUCGGUAUAAGCGCGCCAUGAGUUCUACAUCAAACCGAGUUUUCCAAGACUCCAGUCCGAUUUCGCCUCCCCUUCCGAUUCAUGCUAGGCGAGGCCGUGCAGCGCCCGAACCGUCUAUAGAUUUGAGUCCUGGAAACAGGCGUUCAUAUUUGGAUAUCUUUCAAGAACUAUCUUCUCCCUUCUCCGCAACAAGCGGACCGAGCCUCACACCCGCAUCGAGUCGUCCGAAGAAGUUCUUAGGCCAGAAUAGUUCCCCCACAACACCCGCUUCUAGCAAGACUGGCCUUAGAGUGGCAAAGCGCUCGUGGGUUGAACGAUACAAGCCACAAUUAAUGUCCACAGGAAAGCAGGGCCGUAGAAUUGGCACUGACCAAACUGUAGUUCGCCAUUUCGCUGAAAGUGAGAGUGGACUGAGCGCUGGGGCACUAGAAGCCUUGGCGGAAGUACACAUUUCCGAGAAUAGCUGUCGACGUAGGAAGUAUUGGUUCAUCCUGAUGGCUAUACUGGGCAUUCUUUUCCCAUUCAUUGCUGUCCUUGUGCUUGCUGGGAAGUUUAACGAGUGUCUCACUUCUUACACUCGUGGCGAGGUACGCCGACUAACAAUCAAGCAGAGGAACUUCAUUCGAAAUGCGUUCCUCUUCCAGUGCUGCCUCUACACCAUCAUCGUCUCGGCAGUUAUUGCUGUUUACACCAAGAAACCUUAGGUUUUUCAUGAUUCAGGAUACUCAGGAGCUAGGGCUCUCUAUAUGUACUGAAACUUCUCGGAGACGACGAAUAACAAUCACGACUACCGCCCAUGAUUUUCAGCUAGCUAUAAUGUUUUUCACUUCUUCUGCGACAGCUUUUUUUUUUUUUUUCUCUUCGCAUUUGCAGCCUUCAGAUUUUCGGCUUUUGAGGUUACUGGUUUUUCUAAUUCUGCUGCGGCAUCAAAAAAUUUGAGUAAUUAAAUACGACGGUCCACAAUGCUAUUGACAAAAUUGCGCGGUACAAAAAAGGAAUGAUUGAGGGCAUGUAU